AUGUGGGUUACACAGCUGCUUUUGCACUUGUUCGUGCCACUGUCGACGCCUGAACUGCUGCCUUUGACCGUAGUCUCCCACCGUAUCUAUAACGUCAUCCUGCGAAUAUUGCACAAUCGUCUAGUUGCUGCCGCUGAACUCGACUCGCACUCACUGUUGCUUGAGUGCUACCAUCCGUCUGCAAAACUUACAGAACCCCCCUAUUUCUGCGCAUACCGAGGUACAGAUGGCUUGUCGCUGUACGAAAGCCCUUCCAAAGCCGAUCGAAAUUCAGUCGCCAGGCUAGGAGAGAUGCGGCGAAUGUAUUCGCGGUUUCGACCACAUCGGCGACAGCUCGAGGAUGGAGGGCGCAGGGUUGUUCGCAGACCCGGUGACAUACCUGGCAGCCGUACCUAUCCCGGCUCUGCUCAAGACAAAUUCCAAGGCGAUAUCGUCAAACAGACAGUUAGCUUAGAGGGACAUGAGUUGUUCACACAGCUUGUUGCCCAGACCAACUUGGUCAAGAUCGGACCCUACAACGGCCUCUUCAGCGCGUUCGUUGACGUCGAAGAAGGCGUACUGAGGGUCUGGAGGAAGUGGCUCAGCGAGACAGCUGCCAGAGGGAACAAGAUCAGCCCAGAAGUACAGAAGGAGACUGUUGAGGAAGCUGGCAAGGGCAAAGCAGCUGUGUGUGAGGUUGAAGAGCCCUUCGAUCCCUACGACAAGCGUAUACUGUGGGUCAGUAUGGCCAAGAACACAGGACUACGCUUCAAUGUCAAGGAGAAGAAGCUACACAGAGAUGCUCCAAUCCUCAUCAGGAAUGACGAGGACAUGCCUGUCAGCUACGAUAUCGAAUACGAUGAGCUCCUGAUACGAACCUCUCACCUCCUUCUCAUGCUCGAAAAAUCGAUGGAUCAGGAAGACAACUCAUCGGCCAAAGCUGUCGUCUUUGGCUCGUUCGGGUAG